GCCCGCCGAGCCAUGUCGUUGAGCCCCAAGCACACGACGCCCUUCUCCGUGUCCGACAUCCUGAGCCCCAUCGAGGAGAGCUACAAGAAGUUCGGCGGCGGCGGCGCCAUGGACGGCGGCGCCGCGUCCGCUCUGGGGGCGCCCCUGGGGGCCGCCUACCGCGCGCCGCCGCCGCCGCCCGGGCCCUCGUCGCAGGCGCUGCCGCCGCCGCCGCCGCCGCCGCCGCACGCCAUGGCGGGCCCCAACGCGGCGGCGGCGGCGGCGGCGGCGGCAGCGGCGGCGGCGGCGGCGGCCGCCACUUACCACAUGCCGCCGGGCGUCUCGCAGUUCCCGCACGGCGCCAUGGGCGGCUACUGCAACGGCGGCCUGGCCAACGUGGGCGAGCUGCCCGCCGCCUACUCGGACGGCGUGCGGGGCGGCGCGGCCGCCGGCUGGUACGGCGCCAGCCCGGACCCGCGCUACUCGUCAAUUUCCAGGUUCAUGGGGCCGUCGGCGGGCGUGAACGUGACCGGCAUGGGCUCGCUGAGCGGCAUCGCCGACGCCGCCAAGUCGCUGGCGCCCUUGCACGCGGCGGCGGCCCCGCGCAGGAAGCGGCGCGUGCUCUUCUCGCAGGCGCAGGUGUACGAGCUGGAGCGGCGCUUCAAGCAGCAGAAGUACCUGUCGGCGCCCGAGCGCGAGCACCUGGCCAGCAUGAUCCACCUGACGCCCACGCAGGUCAAGAUCUGGUUCCAGAACCACCGCUACAAGAUGAAGCGGCAGGCCAAGGACAAGGCGGCCCAGCAGCAGCUGCAGCAGGACGGCGGCCUGGGCCCGCCGCCGCCGCCGCCGCCUCCGUCCCCGCGCCGGGUGGCCGUGCCGGUGCUGGUGAAAGACGGCAAACCGUGCCAGAACGGGCCCGGCACGCCCACGCCCGCGCCCGCCGCGCAGGCCGGCCCGCAGCCGUCGGCGCCCACGCCCGCGCCCGACCUCGACGAGCUGUCCCCCAGCCCGCCGCUGCACGGCCCCGGCGCCGGCUUGGCCGCGCUGGACGCCACCGGGGACUACGGCGGCGGCGUGCUCGGAGCGAACCUGCUCUAUGGCAGGACGUGGUGA